AUGAGCUAUCAUGAACGUUAUAAUUUGUUAUCAAAUAUCGAUUUAUCACGAAAAUCGGACAUUGCAAAGUUGCAUUUCUCUAAUAAUAAAGAUUUAGAGUUCUUAAGUCAAGCCAGCAUAUUUGUUUCAACCCCCUGACAAGUAUUCACUAUAUAUACAUCAAAAGUAAAUGUCAAAGUUAAGUUACGCUUGGCAAAUAUCAGCGAUCCCAUAUAA